AUGGGUCGUAUGCACGCUCCCGGCAAGGGCAUUUCGUCCUCUGCCCUUCCUUACAAGCGCGCCCCUCCUUCGUGGCUCAAAACUACGCCCGAUGAAGUCGUCGAGCACAUCAUGAAAUUGGCUCGCAAGGGUCUCACUCCCUCUCAGAUCGGUGUUACCCUCCGUGACUCGCAUGGUAUCCCCCAAGUGCGCUUCGUCACCGGUAACAAGAUCCUCCGUAUCCUCAAAUCUCACGGAUUGGCACCGUCCAUCCCAGAGGACCUUUGGCACCUCGUCAAAAAGGCGGUGGCCGUGCGCAAGCACCUUGAAGUCAACCGCAAAGACAAGGACUCCAAGUUCCGUCUUAUCUUGAUCGAGUCUCGUAUUCACCGUCUUGCUCGCUACUACAAGACAAAGCAGCAGAUCCCUCCUACAUUCAAGUAUGACUCUGCUACUGCUUCCACUUUGAUUGCGUGA